AUGUCGGACGCCACGAAAGCUCUCGAGUCCAUCAUUUUAAAUCCGGUCUAUCACGACCCGCUCGCCGUCGUCAAAGUGAGUGCCGAGUAUCACUUCGAGCCGUGGGGCGCCCGCGCAGCUGAGCGGUCUCCGCUUCCUCAUCUUUCACCCAGGCUGCCCGAAAUGGUCUGGUGUACGGAGCCAAGAUCCGCUUCCCUCAUGCGCUGGUCAUGUCCAUUCUCUUCGGACGCGGCUCGAUGCAAGAUAGGAUGCGCUUCGUGUUCAAGGCGACCAAGCAGCACUCUUUGAACCUGUGCAAGUUCGCAUCGCUGUACAAGGCUCUGACCAUCCUUCUGAGACGCACCAACGGGGGCAAGCCUCGAUCCCUAGACAGCUUCAUUGGCGGUGUCGUCGGUGGCUAUGUCGUAUUUGGAGAGAGAAACGCUGUGAACGAGCAGGUGAGUGCGACUUGAAGGUUUGGGGGCGACCCACACGCGAGUGUCACCAAAACUUGGACAGUCUGGCUUUGCUUGCCCGGCUGGAUUCUCGAUACGGUCCAGGGUCUGAUGCCAGCCGUAGGUCUCGAAUUUUCGCUGACUGCUCUUUGUUGGCCCCAAAUUGGCCUCCUUUGCCCUCAGAUUGUCCUCUACUGCAUCGCGAGAGUCGUUUCGGCUCUUCUACCACGCGAACCCGUGGCAGAAAACUGGCCCUCGCACAAGCCGAUCCCAACAGACUCAAAGACAUUUACCAUCUUUGCUGGGCUGGUAUGGGGAGCGGUCAUGUGGACUUUCGACCAAAGGAGACAGACGCUCCAGAAUGGUCUGGUCAACUCGAUGGACUGUGAGUCCGAGGCGUUGUUAGCACGCGCUUCUUCCAGCAUACUGACCGCCCUUCUUGGCAACGCAGACCUUUACAUCAAUGCGGAAAAGUGGAACAGGUGAGGGUCUUUGGUGGAGGAUCGGUGCUGUAUGGCUGCACUUAUCAUCUCCUGACACGCGGCUGUGCUCGACGCACUCCAACGUCUCAUCCUCACAGUCUGCGAAACUUUCUCUGGCACAACGCAUAG